UACAACGCAACGCCUAUGUACGACCCAAGCGUACCGUAUAACUACUAGAGUCAGAAUAAAGAGAUUGCAUUGAAUUGUUGUGUGUGUGUGUUCAUUGGUUGGGUUUAGGGCUGGAGGGGGGCCCCACGCGAUAGCGUGGGGGGUUGGGGUUAGAAUAAAGAAGACAUGGUGAGGUGAUCAUAAAAACUUUAUUAAAAAAUUAAAAACAUUGAAGUAAGGUAUUAAAAGAGGGUAAUCUGACAGUUUACAGAGUGAUCAGUUUGUGGAUCCGAUGGAAAAGUUCGGCUGUCUGAAUGAGACGUAGGCCUUCACAAUCAUGUGGUAUCUUAUCUGUCCACUUGAUUUUGGAAAGACAGUUUUAAGCCCCAGGAAGGGCGCAGCAUGAGCCCCGGUGUUCAUCCACCCGGGACGUUUGAUUGAGUUCAGGGUGUAUGUGUCUGUUCCCUGUGAGGACAGGAUUCUUGGGUAGAUUUUAAAUGACUUUCUCCUGCUUGCUCUCCACCAUUUCAGGUUCUGCCUGUUGAUGUCUUUGGAGGUGGGGUCAGUUGAGUCAUCAAAGUCAAUCCAUCCAAAGUUCAACGGCAUUGAGAAUGAUUCUUUUGAGAAACAUGCAUCGAAUGUGGGUAUAAAUGACACCACAAUACAGUUCAUUCUGAAGUAGUCAAACUUUGCCCAGUCUCCUGUGAAGUUGCCCAACGUCCAGGUCCAGGAUUUCAUGUAGUCGUUGGUAGCUGUCACGUUAAAUGCGGUUUCAUAACGUAACACUACGUUGAAUUGUCCUGUAUGACUCCGCCUGUGGACGAAUGUCCUCCGGGGCCUUCUCCUCACGGCAGUGCGACGCCGUCCCGCCAGGGGGCGUCUGCGCACCACCCUCCUUCGUUUCAGAAAUCUGCGAAGAAGAGACAGUAUAAAUGGUCCGAGGUACCUGGGCAGUAUUACCCAGGUACCUCGGCACCCGGCACCAUGCCACCAACCCCAGAAUCCAGCCCUCAGCCUAGGAGUGAGGACUCUACACCUCGUAAAGGCAAAGGCAAGAAGAGAGAUAAUCCUGUGAAGAGAUGGUGUUUUACACUGAACAACUAUACGGAUGAAGAUCUUCAGCAUUUGAAAGAAGUCAUCACAGAAGAAUCUUGUCUUUAUGCUAUUAUUGGCAAGGAAGUUGGUGAAAAUGAGACUCCUCAUCUACAGGGGUUUGUCAAUUUGAAGGUGAAGAAACGUCUGUCUGCCAUGAAAACAUUGAUUUCUCCCCGUGCUCAUUUGGAACGUGCCAUGGGCAGUGGUGCGGAGAAUGAGAAAUAUUGUGGCAAAGAUGGAGAUAUUUACCUGACCAUUGGUGAACCGUCUUAUUCCGGUAAACGAACUGAUUUGGAGAGUGCUGUUUCGAUGCUGAGAGCCAGUAAGGGCGAUAUGCGGGAAGUUGCUGAUGCCUUUCCCUGUACUUAUGUACGGUAUGGGCGGGGUCUGAAUGCUUGGGUCGACGCUGCCCGCCUCCAGAAACCACGUGACUUCAAGACCAACGUGCAGAUCUGGGUGGGACCACCCGGAUGUGGAAAGUCACGUGCUGCUGCUACGCUUUGUCCUGACCCGGAUGAAGUGUUCUACAAGUCUCGUGGUGAAUGGUGGGAUGGCUAUAAUGGACAGUGUAAUGUCAUUAUUGAUGAUUUCUAUGGAUGGGUGAAGCAUGAUGAGAUGUUACGUAUAUGUGACCGCUACCCUCAUCGUGUCCCUGUUAAGGGUGCAUUUGUACAGUUCUUGGCUAAGAAUGUGUAUAUUACAUCCAAUAUCAUGCCUGAUGUAUGGUAUAAGUUUGAGAGUUACAACCCUGCUGCGCUUAUGCGUCGUAUUAAUGUGUUUCAGGUCUGGAACGUCGUCCAGUCCUGUUUCGAAGAGUACAACGCAACGCCUAUGUUCUGCCUGUUGAUGUCUUUGGAGGUGGGGUCAGUUGAGUCAUCAAAGUCAAUCCAUCCAAAGUUCAACGGCAUUGAGAAUGAUUCUUUUGAGAAACAUGCAUCGAAUGUGGGUAUAAAUGACACCACAAUACAGUUCAUUCUGAAGUAGUCAAACUUUGCCCAGUCUCCUGUGAAGUUGCCCAACGUCCAGGUCCAGGAUUUCAUGUAGU